CUCCCCCCUACCCCCUUCGGCCAUACCACCCAAAAUAGAGAGAACAAGUCUCCAACAUCUCAUUUCCAUGUCCAAGAACCGAGCUCAAGAAUUGAGGGGACUCAAAGAAGAAGAAAAGCUAGCAUAAGUGAGGAAAAACUUGGAAAAUCAAGGAAUUUUACCAAGGUAUUCUGGACUUCUCAAGGAACCUAGGAGUGGCCGGAAAGUCGCCGGAGCCGCCGGAGGUUUCGCCGGAAAAUUCAAAGGUUGCCGGAGUUCAAACAAAGGGGAUAAAAACUCGCUAGCGUCAUUUCAAGGUUGAAGCUAGAGCUUACUUCCUGCACCCGUUGCUCGGGAGAUCGAUGGAGAGAAGACGUGGAAUGGGUGGUAGUGAUAGGGCGGUUCGAGGAAAUCCGAGAGGGCGCGCCCCGGGGAUAGCCGGGCAAGCCAAUCGGGGAAUAUCAAGGUCGCGUAAAAGGCGAGGUAUGGGCAACCAAGGCCCACGAACACGAGCCACGAUGGCUGAUCACAAUGUGACUGAAUUCGAGUCGUGGAACUCAGAGGAUGACUCAACUUAUCACCCUGAAAGCGAGUCAGAUGAAACUUCCUUUGAGGAAAACAGUGGAGAGGAUAUACGUAGUAUUCCUCCGGACCAUGUUAGUGAGAUGUACCGAUGGUACCAACGUGAAAUGGGAAGACAACGACAGGGAUCUCAGGAGGGACAUGUCAGAGGCGAGACCUCUCUCAUGAGGGGUAAGGGUGCUCAUAGAGCACAAGUUAGGACAGUCAGAGAUUCUGAUGACGAAGGACCAUUCAUUAAGAUCUCAAGGUACCUUAAAGAGGCUAGAGCCUUGGGGUGCAAGUCAUUUGAUGGAACGGGGGACAUAUCGGAAGCAGCCGAGUGGAUAAAAAGGUUGAAUGAUGCAGCUGAUGACAUGCAAGUGGUCCCUGAACGAAAGUUAAGGGUAGCCACUAGAUUAUUGGAGGGUUUAGCUUCUACUUGGUGGGAAGGCACCAAGGGUAAGUUUGAUGGGGUUGUCACGUGGGACAACUUUGAGCAAGCAUUCUAUGAGCAGUUUUACACCUCUUUCGAAGUAAAUCGAAAGAGGAGGGAAUAUAUCGAUCUCAAACAGGGAAAUGAGUUUACGGUGAAGCAACUGGAACAAAGAUUCCGACAUCUGGCAAGGUUCUUGCCUGAGUAUGCCGCAAAUGAGAACCGAAUGGCAAACCAUUUUUGGAAUGCACUCAAUUUGGAAAUACGCGAAAGAGCGACCUACCAAUUCAACAUGACUUUUAGUGAAGUAGUAGCCCAGGGUCUCCAGGGGGAGGAGCUUUGGAAGGAAAGGCAAGCAAGGGAUGCAAAGGAAGCACAAGAAAGAGAUCAGGUGAUCAUUCACCCUCCACGACGAGAGGGGAAGUAUGAACUUCAGAGCAAGGGGAACACUAACAAGUCAGUUCCGUUUUUCAGUGAGAGCCAGGACUUGGUAAGUCAAAGCUCAAGCACUCGAGGCACGGGGGCACCCAAAUGCGAGAAUUGUAGGCGAAGGCAUUACGGGAGAUGUCGAGAGCCAUCUAGAUGUUACUUUUGUGGAGAAACAGGCCACAUCAAGGUCCUUUGUCCUCAACGUACGCGUGAAGGAACAUCAGGAGCUAGAGGAGGGGUCACGGGGGUUGAAAACCCAACUAGGGUUGCCUCAAACAUGGUACCUUCUACAAGUCAAUGGCGAACUCGCUCGUGAAGGCCAGGAAUGGCGGAAGCCAUUUGUUAGGCCCGAUUAUGGCAUAAGGUAUUAUUAAAUUAAACCUUAAUUUCCAUAAAUAUUUUUAUGUUCAAAAUUUUUAGCUUCAGAAAAUGAAGGGAGGAAUGUUUCUCAAGGUUCAGACGUUAAUUUCGGGGACGAAAUUCCUGUAAGGUGGGGUGAACUUGUAACACCAGACCCGAAUUUUACUGUGAGAAAAUUUUUUCAUCAAGUACUGGGUUAAAGAAGGUAAAUCAAGGCUAAGAGUAGUCUUGAUAAAUGAGAAAGUAAAAAAUUUGUCUUAAAUUAAUAAAGGAUUAUUAAUUUAGACGUGGGGACCACUCAUGAUAUUUCGAGUUUAUAAAAUAUUAAUGUUUAUCAAAAUGAUACUAUUAUGAUAGUAUGGAUGGUUCCUGGACCCCGGUAAUAUAAAGAAUGACAACUAGACGGCCAAACGGGUCGGUGUAACUAUUCGAUAAUUGUGAGUCUUUGAUUAUCGGACUGAUAAUAAUUCGGAAGGCUACGAAUUAAUAACAGAAGGAAUAUAAAUAUUUUAAGAACCCAAAACAUGGGAUGAUGGAUAACAAUGAGCAACUUGACAUGUUAGAGGUGGGUACUUUUGGAGGACCCUACCUUGGAGAUAUUUUGUAUAAGAAUAAACAGAUAAGAUUUUGUCUGUUCAUACAAUUCGGACCACUUAAAAAUAAGUGUAACAUUUUAUUAAAGUGUCACCAAAUAUGAAACCACAUAUUAAGUAAUGAGAAAUGACGAGUGAAUUUUCGAGGCAACGCGUUCUUAUUUUUACUGUUACUUCAACAGUAAAAUACACGUUGGGCCCACACGUGGGCGGCGACCAUCCGAUAUUUACGGACCACAUAUUAUAUUCAUCUUGGUUUAGAUAAUAUUUAUAUGAUGGUGUAAAUUAAUGUGAGCCAUAAAGUUGGCCUUUCAAUCAAACGAGGUCCCAUCAUCGGUAUAGUUAAUUAAUCAGAUAACAGCCCGAAAUAAAUUCCGGGGACCACUAAAUUGAAGUUGGGUAAUAUAUAUUCAUUUUAGAGUCCAAUAUUAAUUGGAAGAAUGAUAUAUAUUUUACUUAACCCGAUAAAAUAAAAUAUAAUUAAAACAGUCCAGAAAAUACAACUUUCGGGGCCGAAUGUACACUUCGGGACAUAUUGGGAUGACCUCCCACACGAGUGGGGGCCACCCCACGUUUUUUAGUCUAAAAAUAAGUGAUGAGAUUAUGAGAGUGAGGUGUGUGAUGUGUGAGGGGAUGGGAGAGACACACAUGAUAGGUAAAGGGACCCUCCUCCCAUUAUUAUGGCAUGUGAGACCAAAUAGGAAGGUCUCCUCCACCUCCCCCCUACCCCCUUCGGCCAUACCACCCAAAAUAGAGAGAACAAGUCUCCAACAUCUCAUUUCCAUGUCCAAGAACCGAGCUCAAGAAUUGAGGGGACUCAAAGAAGAAGAAAAGCUAGCAUAAGUGAGGAAAAACUUGGAAAAUCAAGGAAUUUUACCAAGGUAUUCUGGACUUCUCAAGGAACCUAGGAGUGGCCGGAAAGUCGCCGGAGCCGCCGGAGGUUUCGCCGGAAAAUUCAAAGGUUGCCGGAGUUCAAACAAAGGGGAUAAAAACUCGCUAGCGUCAUUUCAAGGUUGAAGCUAGAGCUUACUUCCUGCACCCGUUGCUCGGGAGAUCGAUGGAGAGAAGACGUGGUUCGUGCUUUCUCUCGUUCUAUUUUUUUUAAAUAAUUAAAUAAUGCUCAUGGAACUAUUUUGACUUAUAAAUUAAAGGAGCCUGCGAGCUCUUGUUUUACCCUUGUGUGGGUUCUUAUUAAACACUUAUAUUCCGCUAUGUGUUUGAUUGUAUGUUGAUGUUGUUAUG